CUAAGUAUUAUUACCUUUCUCGAUUUUAAUCAAGAAUCGCCUUGGAUAUUAAGGAUCAAUCAAAACUCAGUUACAGAACUUGUUUGACUAUCAAAGUUGUUUUGUCACGCUUUUGAAGUUGCAGCUACUAAUAGUUUUGAGAUUAAAAUGGUUGUGGAAUUUGGAACAGGUCUGGUCAAAGUGAAAGACUGUUCUACAAGCAACCUAACAAAGUCACGCAAAUCUAAUGGAACACUCUAAUAUGAACCUAAAACCCCUCUGCUUCCCAUCGUAAUUUUUUUGCUUUAUUUCACGUUGAAUAUAUAGUGAUGACCCACCAAAGAUCUCUCUUCACACACACACACACACACACACACAAACACUCUCCAUGGAAACUCUUUUUCUUGUAGCUGUUCUCCUUCUGGCUCUCUCCUCUUCCUCUUUCACACGAGGGCAAAGAAUCAUACAGAUUCCACCACCACGUCCGUUAUGCGCCUCUCAAUACGCCCUGGCUAACUACGCCUGCUCACGUCUCCCAAUGAACACUGUCCCACUUCCUUCCCCCAUUUCCCCUCCUCCUCCUCCCAUCUUUCCUCCUCCUCCUCACCAUGAUCAUGACCACGACGAUGACCACGACCACGACCAUGACGAUGAUGAUGAUGAUCACGACCACGAUGACGAUGACCACGACCAUGAUGACCAUGACCACGAUCACGACCAUGAUGACCAUGACCACGAUCACGAUGACCAUGAUCACAAUGACCAUGACCACAACCGUGAUCAUGAUCACGAUCAUGAUCACGAUCACGAUGAUGACGACCACCACGACAACAACCAUAACCACCGUCGCCACCGCCGUCGCCACCACCACCACCAUCAUCAUCAUCACAGUCACAGACACACAGAAGAGACGUAUGCUCAACAAGAGUGCUGCAAGUGGCUUAAGCAAAUGGACAACGAGUGCGUGUGCGACCUUCUGGUUAGGCUUCCGCCAUUGCUAGCAAAACCUGCGCAUAACUAUACAGUGUUUGUGGAUGAGUCGUGCAUCGUCACUUACACCUGUGGAGGCAGACUUAUGAGCUGAUCCUCCUAAACUAAUUGUCUCAUGCCUUUUGUAUUUCUUAUUUCACGCCCUUCAGUUUAAUUGUUGUACGUUUCACACUCCACCAGUCAAAAGUCAACCAAACCAAACCAAAAAAAAAGUAAGAUGGAUUGUAAUUUGCCUGAGCUUUGCUUCUUCCGUUGGAUAUGGGCUUAAGGUUCAUAGGGCAGUGACAUUAUUGUAAGCCAACCAGUAGAUUGCAAUUUUCUAAAUUUAUUUCAGGCC